AUGUCACACGCGCUGGAUUUCUUCCAAAGCCUAUGGGCCCAGCACCCCUGGGCCAUUAUCCUCAGCGUAACCGGCUAUAUUGCGAUGGUUCGACUUCUAAGAUACCGUCGUGUGAAAGUGAUCGACGCCCCCUUCGCCGAUGGCCGGAGGAAACUGUCCAGUAUGACAAGCGAAGAGGCGCAUGCGAUUAUCGGCCAGCUGCAGGAGCUCGAAUUCCCAUACGCUUUCAACAAGGCGCGCAAGAUCGCCCUGCUCAAGGCGGGCGGCAUCCCAACAAUGUCCAAGCUCUUCGCCGUGACGGGCCAAAAUAACAAGCGCAAUUCGGGGAAACGCGCCGUGGACACGGAGAUCCUCCUCCGAGAAGCCCAGUCACAGCCGCGCGACUCCGAUCGCUAUAGCACUGCGGUCGCUAGGAUGAACUAUCUACACGCCCGCUACCGCAAGGCCAACAAGAUCACCGAACUAGACCUCCUGCAUACCCUCGGGGACGGACUUGCGGAGAUUCUCAACGUGAUCGACCGAGACGAAUGGCGCAAACUGACGGACGUCGAGAAAUGUGCUCUGGGCGUCUUCCACAAGAACCUGGGCGAGGACAUGAGGAUCCCCUUUGAGCCCCUUGCAUCCUCCCAUGAAGGCUGGCGAGAUGGUUUGCACUUCGCCAUGGAGCUACGCGACUGGACGAUCCGCUACGAAGAAGAAGUGGCCCAGCCUGUCUCAACGAAUGAUCAGUACGUCCGGGUAUAUGUUGAUGCGGCCAUGGCUGGGCUCCCUGGCUUUGUUACGUUGACGGUGCGGAAGAUGUUGGCAACGGACCUGGAUGAGGUUAUGCGGACGAGUCUUUGCCUCGAGAAGCCCGGCCCCAUUCUCCUAUUUGUACUGGCCUGCAUCCGCGAAACACGCAAAUCGUUCCUCCGAUACGUCUCCCUCCCGCGAUUUUUUGCUGUCAAACCCGUGCAUGAAGCGACUGAUCCGAAGACAAAUCUAUAUCACUUCAACAGACAGACCCUACAGCCGUGGUAUAUGGAGCCGACCCUCUGGUCGACCUGGGGACCAGGUGCGUUGCUUGUUAGGAUGCUCGGAGGGAAGGUGCCGGGUUCGCGGGGAGACCGCUACCAUCCUCUGGGAUACGAUCUCAUGACGAUCGGGCCUGAUCCGCAGAAGGAACGAGGAGCGGAGGAGAUGAAGUCUGAUAUCGAGAUGAUCAACGCGAGGGCCGUGGCGACUUGCCCAUUCUCGCAUGCCAAGGCGGGAGGUUUCAAUUGA